UAUCUAUCCGCGCAUGCGCAGUGGACCCGCGACUGUUGUGCUCAACAGCCUGCCUUUCAUUGUAUGCCACAUACAGUAAACUCAAAGUGCAAACGUAAAAUAUACUAAUCGUUAUUUACAACGCCAUUUAACAUCUUGAAGUGGAGCGGCAUUGUCCCGAAAGGACACAUCUAAAGACCUGAGGCGACGAGGCUAACGUAGCUGAAGAUAGCUGCAGCUAUGAGCUUCUUCGGUUUUGGCCAAAGUGCGGACAUAGACAUAGUUUUAAACGAUGCAGAAACAAGAAAAAAAGCGGAGCACAAAGGCGAAGACGGCAAAAAGGAAAAGUAUUUCUUGUUCUACGAUGGAGAGACGGUGUCGGGGAAAGUAAACGUGACGCUCAAAAACCCGGGCAAGCGGCUGGAGCACAGUGGCAUCAAGAUCGAGUUCGUCGGCCAGAUCGAGCUCUACUAUGACCGGGGUAACCACCAUGAGUUUGUGUCGCUGGUGAAGGACCUGGCUCGUCCCGGAGAGAUGACACAGUCUCAGACAUUCGACUUUGACUUCACACACGUGGAGAAGCCCUACGAGACGUACAGUGGUGCAAACGUCAAACUGCGCUACUUCCUGCGAGCGACGGUAGGUCGGCGGUUGAACGACAUCACGAAAGAGCUGGACAUCGUGGUGCACACGCUCAGUAGCUACCCGGAGAUCAACUCCUCCAUCAAGAUGGAAGUGGGCAUUGAGGACUGUCUGCACAUCGAGUUUGAGUACAACAAGUCAAAGUAUCACCUGAAAGACGUGAUCGUAGGCAAGAUCUACUUCCUCCUCGUGCGAAUUAAGAUCCGGCACAUGGAGAUCGACAUCAUCAAGCGGGAAACCACGGGCACGGGGCCCAACGUCUACCAUGAAAAUGAAACCAUCGCCAAGUACGAGAUCAUGGAUGGAGCACCAGUCAGAGGGGAGUCCAUCCCCAUCCGGCUGUUCCUGGCCGGCUAUGAGAUGACGCCGACCAUGAAGGACGUCAACAAGAAGUACUCUGUGCGCUACUACCUCAACCUGGUGCUCAUAGACGAGGAGGAGAGGCGCUAUUUUAAGCAGCAGGAAAUCACGCUGUGGAGGAAGGGAGACGUCGUGAGGAAGAGCAUGUCCCAGCAAGCGGCCAUCGCCUCUCAGCGCUUCGAGGGAACGCCCAGAGUGGAGAAGUCCCCGGCCCUGGAGGAUGACAGCUAAAGUCUGAGAGAGAGAGAGAGAGAGAGAGAGAGAGAGAGAGAGAGAGAGAGAGAGAGAGAGAGAGAGAGAGAGAGAGAGAGAGAGAGAGAGAGAGAGAGAGAGAGAGAGAGAGAGAGAGAGAGAGAGAGAGAGAGAGAGAGAGAGAGAGAGAGAGAGAGAGAGAGAGAGACCGACCCCCCCCUUUAAGGACCCCACACUGUUCUGCUGUUUGAUUUCUGAUGGAAUGUACUUUUUUUAUUUUGUGAGUGAGGAAGAGUAAGGAAUUGUGCAUUCAACUGCAGCGAGCACCUGAUGGAUUUUUACUCAGAAAUAACUACUUUUUUUAUGACAUUUUCAUUUUAUUUCAUUAUUUUUGUUCUUUAUGGGAAAAACUACCGUAAUCUGGUACUCAAGGGAAGGAUUUUGAAAGGUUUUUAAAAAUUGGUAGUGCUCCGGAAUUGGGAUGUGUAUGUAACCAACUGCCAUCUAUAGCAUGUCUCCAAUGUCAUCCAGAGAAGCGAGAACUGCAUUUUUCUUUUAUAAGACUUAUAAGACUUUUUUUGGCCACUUUACGUCAGUAAACUGGUCCACCUUUUUUUGAUGAUACUGAUCCUCUUAACUUUUGAGGAAAUCACAUUAUUUUCUAAGCAUCUACAAUGGAAGAUAUAUAAGAAGUUUAAAGCAAACGGCAGUUUUAUUGUUUGCACUUAAAGGCAGACAAUGAGGAUUUAGAGCAUUGACCUAUAACUUUGCUUGCACCCUCUUCAUACAUUCCAAGCCUUUCACUAUCCUUUUCAAAAGAAAUUCAAAUUUGUAUGUACAACAUCCAUUUUACCAGCAUUUUAAUAUGGUUUUGAUGGUAUGUCAGUUGAAAACUAAAAAAGGAUCAUUUUGUAAAUUUGCUGCUGCUAAAACAAAUGUGUGUGCGACUUUUAAACAAAACCCCAAUGUAUAAUUCAAAGUUAAUUAACUCCAUUUGUAGCCUGCCAAUGCUAUUUGCUCUUUAAUCAGUUUUAACUUUUCUUUUUUCUUUGAUCCAUGCCAAUUAUUUAAAGUAUGAGAGUCAAGAGACUAGUGUUUUCAAAAUAAAUAAGUUGACUUGUGA